GAGACAACAGCUUACCAAUGUUACCAAGUGGCAAGGGUCGUCGUUGUUCUGGUGUGUCACAAGUGCGAUCAUCACUACAUGAUCUUCGCUUGAGUAAGUUGUUUCAUCAAGAUGUGUUGGGCAUCGGCGUCGUCGGCCUCUUGCCUUCCACCACUCGUCUGUUUCGUUCGUUCUCUUCUUUCUACGGGCGCUGGACCGCACGGAAGUCGGGGACUUCCGUUGCUGUCGCCAUUCUCAUUAUGCUCUCUUCGUUGCUGGCCCCACUUUUGUUUUUGCUCUAUUCUUCUCUCACCCAGGCGGUUCUUGUGAAUGUCACGAUUGACGACACCAACGGAGACCCGCAUAGUGGGGCGCAGAUUAUCUACGACCCGCCUGCGGCCUGGUUGGAUGCCCAAGCGUGCAAAUGCAUCAACAAGAAGCAUGGCGGACUGCAGUCUUCGAAGCUGGUCGGCCAGUCCCUGCACAAGUCUGUGUUUUCGACUGACCCGGCAAUCGCUAUCUUUCCUAACCAAGCCUUGACUGCGUCUGUAACCUUCAAUGGCUCGGCGGUCUAUGUGAACUGUGUCCUCGACCGCGACGCUUCAGGCAGAUCAGACAUGACGUUCUCCAUCGAUGGAGCUGUAGCUGACACGUUCAAAGCCGAACCCGCUGACUCUGCGGGCUUUGACUACAACUCCAUUGUCUUCUCCGCAACGAAUCUCGUUCCCGGGUUCCAUGUGCUGACGAUGCAGAACGGGCAUGCCGGUGGACCAGAGGCGAUAAUGAUAUUGGACUCGGUGAUAUAUUCAUUCGAUAAUGGUCUCGCUGGCAUCGACGAAAGCUCAUCAUCUCCGCUGUUGCCCUCGUCAGCCCCCUCGUCUCCAUCAUCGCAAUCCGCGCUGUCCCCGAAUCUUCCCAGGACACAUGUUGGGGCGAUCGUCACCGCCUUGGUUGUCAUCCUCAUCCUGAUCUCACUCGGAACCGUCGCGUUCAUUUUGCAUCGCCGCCGCCGCCGCCGGCGUGCCAUAUACGCUCCCUACAUGCCCAAAGGCGCGGUGCGGGCGUUCCCCAUGCCAACCUUUGCCGGCUCGACCCUGGUCUCAGCGCGACCACGGCACCAGCCAGCUGUACCCGGGGACAACAGCCGACCACAGUCUGAAGCUGACUUGCGUAUUCAGUCCUGGGCGGAACAGACGGCGGCCUUGGCCCCGCUGCCCCCAGUCUACGCAAGGGGCAAGGGCUGGACUGGUAGUCGGGAUCAGAAACACCCAUCCGGACCGCAUUCGUCUUAUUGAGCACAUCGUCUCCGCUCACGCCGGACUGCAGCGCUCAAAGCCAUGGGAGAGAACGCGCUCUGCAUGCGUCAUGCAGUCCCCAUUUGACCUUGAGAAUGUUAGUGCAACGCGCCUAGCGCUCCGGCCACUACUGUCCAGAACAUGUCAUCAAGGCGUAUGCGAUCUAGCCUUCCCUUUUGAGACACUGGACUGGCGCUAGACGGGCGCUGCAGACGGGAAUCUUGACCAUUACUUACAUAAGCAGAUUUUUUCGAAAUGGAAAUCGUCCGAUUGAUGGAGUAAAAGUCGUUUGUCGGUUGCCCAAGGUUCACCUCCUUCCACCAUGUCUUCCAUCCUCAAAGCCUCCUCAGCUGCCAUCCCUUCUUUCACGUCCAACCCUCUCCAUGCCCUUGCUUCAUCGUCUCCUUCCAGUUCUAUCAAAUGGCUGUAUACCACCGGCGCCAUCCUCUUCGCCCUGCUCGCUCUCGAACAGGGCAUCUAUCGGGCUAAGAAGCGACAUCUCCCCGGCGCGAAGUGGACUAUCCCCCUCAUCGGCAAAUUCGCCGACUCCCUGAAACCCACCGUCGAGAACUACAAGAAGCAAUGGGACUCGGGUGACCUGAGCGCCGUCAGUGUAUUUAAUAUUUUCAUUGUCAUGGCCUCUUCCAACGACUAUGCCCGCAAAAUCCUCCACUCUCCCACGUACGCUGAGCCGUGCCUGGUCAACUCGGCAAAGUCUGUAUUGUUACCAGAGAACUGGGUAUUCUUGACCGGGAAGGAGCAUGUCGAUUACCGACGCGGGUUGAACAACCUGUUCACGAGAAAGGCCCUAGGAUUAUAUGUCGGCAUCCAGGAUGUGAUUACUCGCAAACACCUCAAGGAAUGGCGCCAGGAUUUCGGAAAGUCCGCACAACCGCUUAUGAUGCCCGCGCGAUGGCUCAACAUGGAUACCUCCCUGCGCGUCUUCUGCGGCAGCUACAUCCCCGAUGAUGCGGCUAAGGAGAUCAGCGACAAGUACUGGUUCAUUACACAGGCUCUCGAGCUAGUCAACUUCCCCCUGGCACUUCCCGGAACGAAGAUCUACAAGGCCAUCCAGGCGCGCAAGGUCGCUUUGGGCUGGCUCGAAUUCGCGUCCAAGAGGAGUAAGGAAGAGAUGGCUGGCGGCGGGGAGCCGACUUGCAUGCUUGAUUCGUGGAACCAACUCCUCAACGACCCCGGAUACAAAGGCCGCCGGGAUUUCAGCGACCACGAGAUGGGGAUGGUCCUCAUGUCCUUCUUGUUCGCGUCGCAGGACGCCAUGUCCAGCGGGCUCAUCUACGCGUUCCAGCAUCUGGUCGACCGACCGGACAUCCUCACCAAGGUGCGCGAGGAGCAGGUCCGGGUGCGCAAGGGGGACUACGACCAGCAGCUUACGCUGGAGCUCAUGGACGAGAUGACGUACCUGCAAGCCUUCGUCAAGGAGAGUCUCCGCGUGAAGCCGCCCGUCGUGAUGGUGCCCUAUAAAUCGACCAAGGCGUUCCCCAUCUCCGACGACUACACUGUGCCCUCCGGCAGCAUGCUGAUCCCGUCCUUCUACAACUCUCUCCACGACGCCACCGUAUACCCUGAACCCGACACGUUGAUGCCCGAGCGCUGGCUCGACCCCGAGAACGCGGCGAACAAGAACCCGAAGAACUACAUGGUGUGGGGUGCGGGCCCGCACAAGUGCAUCGGCUUGGAGUACGCCAUGAUGAACAUCGCCCUCGUCGUCGCUGUCGCUGCGAUGCAGUUCGACUGGAAGCACGAGAUCACACCGGAUUCAUACAACAUCGAUAUCAUUGCUACCCUUUUCCCUCGGGACGGCUGCCGGAUGCAGUUCACUCCGCGCGAGAACUAAUGAGUGCACAUACUGUGAUUGCCUUAGAGUAGAGGGGUCGGCCCAUAUUAUUAACCCGUAUUUGCUGGAAUUGGCUAAUGUUACAUUCGAACUCAAUUCGGCCCGAUGAAUUGGUACAAAAUUCUACGAACGAGCCCCGAGAGAUGUACGGGAUCGUUCUGGUAUAUGCUCUGGACCGGUUACGUGACAAAAUCGCACAGAAACGCAUGGAUGGGAAACGCACCAUGACCAUCGCCAUGCCCAUUCCGGUCAACACGCUCUCGCCCCAGUUACCAGUCCGGAACACAAGUCCCCGGCCCCGCGCUGCAACCCACGCACUCUCAAGCCCCUUCGGCAGAACGUACAUAGCCAGCUCAGCCCGGCGACGUUCGUCUUCGAUCAACAGCGCCAAGCCAGACAAGAAUCCGAGCACCCAGUGCACGGGCUUCGAGAUGAGCAGGUUGGCAAGCGCAGCAGGAAUCAGCCGGCGGAGGGCUGGGAGCGGGAGAUCUUCUCCCACAGCUUGGUGCGCAGGCAGUUGUUAGCUGUAUCCCCGAAUUGUAAGAGUCCAGCGGGAAUAUGAUGGUAGCCACCGACCUUGGUAGAUAACGACAAAUACACCCAAGAACGCGGAACUACGGAGACUGCCCGCACCUGCACGGACCAGAACUCGGCCUGGAUCCGCGCGGAACAUCUUCCACCGGAAAAGGAUCGCCGGCAGGAAAUGGAGCGCAGAGUAGAUGGGCAACAUCCAGCGGAAGACGUCCACGAAACGGUCCAGGGGGACAGUCCAACAGCUGGAAACGGCAGGGUGUAUCGUAGCACAUGGGGCAUACAGCGGGAAAGGUCGUCCUGCCAUCACAUCGUCGCGCAACUGCAUCAAGAGACUGAGAUUUUUGUGGGUUGUGUCACGCUGAGCGAUGAUCUUGUCGAGUGCAGCUAGAUCCAUUUCUCCGUUGCGCACGGCGGCGCGGUUGAUCUGCACACCUGCGCGGGGAACUUUGCUCGCAGUGUGGAUCCUGUCGAGGGCAUCAAGCACAAACUCGGGCAUCACACGGAACGCUCACCAAUUGAUGUACGAAUGCGGAAGCGUGUCGGGACGCAUGGUGAAGGAGUACAUAAUCUGUCCGCAGGCAAGCGCGAAAACGAUGACGCUGCCGAACGGAAUCUUGAAGUGGUGCCGCUCGGAGUAUGAAUUGUACGUGCCCUGCAUACCGCGGACGAACAAUUGCUGCGCAAUGAUCACCCUUCUGCCCCGCUUUUCCCACAGUAUGGCAAGACUGGCAGAGAUGGCACCCGCAAGAGCAGCAUGCCAACGGCGCGUGCGUUUUCUGACAAGCACCAUCUGCGCGUGAGCACUCGCAGAGAGACGUGCUGAGCGCUGUCGGUGACGAGGUGCGGCGGAGCCUGGAGCGGGAAGUUCGAUCUCCUCGUCUUCUUCUUCAUCAUCGUCUCCGAAGGCCGACGGUUCUCGGGGUUUGAUCGCAGGCAGGAGGAUGGGAAGAGCGUUCAAUAGGAAUUUGUACAACCCAGCGAACGUGCCUUGCGUGAUUGUUUAGUGCCUGGUGCAUGACUGGGUAGAGAGGAGAUCGUACCCAGCAUGGCUGCAAACCGUAGCGAGUCCGCACCAAAUACGGCAUGCCGGAUGAGGGUGAGCCGGUCGUCCCUAUGGGAGGGUCAUUAUGGAGGUACUCGAAUGCACUGCGCCGCGCCCACCUUGGAACCUUCCGUAUCCUGAUCAAAGCCAGAACCAAGUUGAGCGACGCGCGAAUGUUGAAUGCCAGCGUCGCUGCCCCUGGCGAUGCAAAUCCCAGUCAGUAACACCGCUUCUACCACUCGCAGUUCCAACACGGAAGAAGACGACGCACUGAACCCCCCUGUCGACGCAUGCUCCACGCAGUCCCGCAACGUCUUGAGCUGCACCACAGGCUGGCCUUUAUCCCUCCAGAUCACCUUCCGCGCACCCUUCAGGCGCUCUUGGUAGUUGGCCAGCGCGACGAGGUUCUCGAAUGACUCCAUAGCUCGGCGGGGCAUGGGGCGAUGCGGCGCGAGCUCGAGGAAAUCCUCUGGCUCAGGACUGAUGGGACAGCUGGUGGGAUAACCGUAAGGUGCGCCCCCUUGGGCCUCCAUGUCUUCCUUUUCAGAAUCAGUGUCCAUGGGAUGAUGGAAAAGUUUGGGGUAGCAUCCGGGGGGACUGGCCGCUAGAGUCCACGUGAGAAAAUUCGAGUACAAUCACAUGGCCGUACACUUCAUCGGCAACUUCGGUGACAACUGCGAGAUCAUUCUACUUAUGGCUUCGGCAUCUGACAGCGCUCAGUUCACAUGCUAGAACCGGCUCAUGUGGUUCUUUGCGAUGUGCGCGAUCCGGUAGCUGCGUGUCUCGAAGAGAAUUUUGUGCGUCCCAUGUGGGAACCGCCAGCAAAACCAGAGCUGCAUCCAAUACUACCCGAAUUUUGUAUCUUGGGGACACACCGUCGCGGUCCCCAAUUGAACAACAGAUGGAACUCUCAACUUCCUCUGGUCAUCUUUGUCACUGUCAGGCUGGGAUACUGGUGGCCCAUGGUACUCUCCACGCCUUUCUGGAUCUUGUUUCGACAGCCAUGUCACUUUCAACCCUACGUUGUGUCAGUUCUUGUCAAAAUCUAGGUUUUCGGGACAUGCUCAGGCUGACUUGAAAGCGGGCCGUGCGAUGGAUGCACGUGAUGUGACACGACGCGCUUUCAUUCACAGUCACAACUUGUCGCCCACCACCAAAUACCUACCAGAAAUCUAGAGACCGCGGCGCCUCUGGAUGCAUUGAUGACGUUGUUAUGAACCGACUACGGAAACCAUCGUCUCCCUCAAAUGCCGCAUCCUCGUCUUCCUCGGACGUCGUGCGAACGUCCAACACACUCAAACUGGCGCUGGCUCAAAACCAGCGGGCUUACAGUGACCUUGGACCUGCUCAAGGAUUCGGAUACGAAGACGGAGGGAGCCCUCCACGACCUCGUUCUGGGGUCGAGCAAUACUGGGCUGCUCGAGCCCUCUCCGCAGAGGUCCUGCUGGCCGCACGCUCGGAGCAUCACACGGAGCUGCGCAGAGUGACCGACGAAGGGGAACUGCGGCGUCUCGUGCGUCCAUGAAACUUGUGGUAGAUUUCUCAAUGUCAUACCGAUCUAAAACCACUAGAAAGAUGCCGCUUCACACGAGGCACGCCAUGCUCGACUUGAGCGAAUUCUUGUGAGCUGGCGCGUACAUUCACUUCCGCCGGGAUUCACCCCGCUUUGAUAGUUCGCCCUUGUCCUUGCGCUUCUAUUCAUCGUCGCGUUCCUCCUGCACCAACUAGCACGACUAUCGCACUCUCCACCCAAUAUGUCUCGUGGGUGGGGCACCCAUUUCACGAUUCCUGUUCUGUCACCUUUCACGUCCGUCGUCGAACAUGAGACUUCUGUCAUUGGGACCAAGACGGUCGCUGUGGGUAUAAUCGUAGUUGCAGUCCUUGCGUACUUUGCUUUCAGGCACUGGAUGGUGCUACAUAGAUCAUGACGACUACUCAGACGUGAGCCAAAAGUCUCGAGUUACACUCGCAAGUGGAUCAACUCGGACAAGUUGUUAAAGACAGUCUGUUUUACAAUAAAAGGGACACUAAUCACGUCUGCGCCUUGCCGGGGAACGAGAGCGUGAGUCUCUGCCACCCCUCGUUGACCUCCCGCCCCGGCCUCUGUCACCCCAACCAUUCCCUCUGUAGGGCGGCGAAUCUCUCCCUCGUCGCGGCGGAGGAACACGCCUGUCUGAGUCCUGGUCGCGUUCUCGAUCAGCACCAGCCCGGCCACCUCCCCGUCCUCCACCACGGGCAGGGGGAUUAGAGUCCCCGCGCCAAUGUCCGCC